AUGGCAUCAAAGUCGCCGAAGUAUGCAGCUACUCAACAACUGCAACAGAAAACUCAAAGCGGUACGAUUCACACGACCAACACUGAUCGACACCGAAACUUUGAAAACAAUACCGUGGUCUGGCUGGAUGCGUCAAUCAAUUCUUCCAAGGAUAAUGUUCGAUCAAAAGCUGAACUGCGUAGCACAAUCAAUUAUCUUAAAACAUUUGAUGAUGCUGAUGAAUGCAUCGAUUACAUAUUGUCAGUUCGAACAGAAAGUGUCUUUCUAAUUGUUUCUGGUUCAUUUGGACAAACACUACUUCCACUCGUUCACGAUCUUAAACAAAUCGAAUUCAUUUACAUAUUUUGUUCGAACAAACAAUGGCACCUUGAAUGGGCCAGCCACUUUUCCAAGGUUCAUGGUGUCCACACGGACAUGAAACACAUUUGUGAAGCCUUGAGGAAAGAUGUUCGUACUUGUUCGAAUGAUACGAUGAUACCGAUGAGUGUCAUGCCGUCGUCACUAUCGAACACAAAUAACAACAGACAAGAAGCAUCAUUCAUGUAUUCUCAACUGCUCAUUGAAAUUCUCUUUGAAGUAGACAUCACUGAUACAUCUAAACAAGAUAUGAUCGAUGAAUGUCGAAUGCAGUAUGAACACAAUGAAGCAGAACUGAGGCACAUUGACGAGUUCGACAAGAACUAUCAAAAGCAUCAAGCAAUUUGGUGGUACACAAGAGAAUGUUUCUUGUAUCGAAUGCUGAACAAAGCAUUGCGAGUACAGGACACUGAUAUUUUGUUUAAAUUUCGCUUUUUCAUCAAGGAUCUUCAUGAUCAACUUACCACACUGCAUUCAAAGUCAAAUCAUAGAGAAUCAACACUAACGCUUUAUCGUGGACAGGGCAUAACAACUGAAGAGUUUGAGAAGAUGAAACAAGGCGCGUUCGUAUCGAUGAAUAAUUUCUUAUCAACAAGUACAAACAGAGCAGUUGCCGUUCAGUUUGCUCAACAAUCGAUGAAUCGCCAUGAUGUCAUAUCGGUUUUGUUCGAAAUGGAUAUUAAGGUUGAUAAAUGUAUUAGUCCAUUCGCAGCCAUUGAAGAAUUAAGCGCCGUGAAAACCGAAAAUGAGAUCCUUUUCUCGAUCGGUACCGUAUUUCGAAUCGAAUCCGUGGAAAAGCAAGAUUUCACAAACAUUUGGGACCUCAAACUUGCUCUGACUGGUGAAGAAGACAAAGAGUUAAAGACACUGACUGAUCAGUUAAGACAAGAAGUUAGGAGUGAACGCAAGUUGGACAGUUUAGGGCUUCUGCUGCAGAAAAUGGGUAAAUAUGUCGAAGCAGAGCAAUACUAUCUAGUGCUGUUAAAUGAGACUUCUCCAGAAGAUCCCUAUAUCGCAACAAUUCACAAUAAUAUUGCAGUGGUUUACAAGAACAUGGGUGACUAUUCAAAGGCUUUGACUUAUUAUGAACAGACACUGGAACUUGAGUUGAAAACACUGGGCCCGAAUCAUCCAUCUAUGGCUACGACAUACAAUAAUAUUGGAGGGAUUUACAACGACAUGGGUGACUAUUCAAAGGCUUUGACUUAUUAUGAACAGACACUGGAACUUCAGUUGAAAACACUGGGCCCAAAUCAUCCAUCUGUGGCUACGACAUACAAUAAUAUAGGAAAGGUUUACAACGACAUGGGUGACUAUGCGAAGGCUUUGACUUAUUAUGAACAGACACUGGAACUUCAGUUGAAAACACUGGGCCCAAAUCAUCCCGAUGUGGCUAGGACAUACAAUAAUAUUGGAGUGGUUUACAGUGACAUGGGUGACUAUUCAAAGGCUUUGACUUAUUAUGAACAGACACUGGAACUUCAGUUGAAAACACUGGGCUCAAAUCAUCCAUCUGUGGCUACGACAUACAAUAAUAAAGGAAAGGUUUACAAUAACAUGGGUGACUAUUCAAAGGCUUUGACUUAUUAUGAACAGACACUGGAACUUCAGUUGAAAACACUGGGCCCGAAUCAUCCCGAUGUGGCUAGGACAUACAAUAGUAUGGGAAUGGUUUACAAUGACAUGGGUGACUAUUCAAAGGCUUUGACUUGUUUCAAAAGGGCUUUGGAAGAUGCUCAGAAAUCUUUGCCGUCUUUUCAUCCUGAUAUCGACAAGUAUAUAAGAACUGUAUGCGAGAUGAAUGACAAACUUAUUACACACUUUUAG